AUGUACUCUUACGUCUGCCUGCCGCGCGGGGAGAGUGCCUGGCCUCCGCUGCAGCCCCUCACCUACACCUACCUGCCCGCCCCUCUGCUGCUGCCUCCCAUCCAGGCCCACAACUUCUGCAGCCGGCCAGCGAGCUUGUGCGUGGGAGAGAGGGCGGCCCCGCGAGAAUACCACUGUUUUUACGGCCCGAGCGUAUCUCCGGCCGCCACUCCACCCUGGUGGGCCUUCCCAGCAGCCUACGCCGCCGCCCUUAGCUCGCCGGCCCCUGCCGCCCGCCUCCUGAGGCCGUCGCUGCAGGAAUCCGCAGCCGAGAGCUGGGCGCCGUGGCCCGAGGGUGGCAAUGUGCAAGCCGAACUGCGAUGGGGCCGCGUGGAACGCACGCACGGCCAGGAUCUGCAGCUGCCCGACUUCGUGUGCCGGGAACUGCGGCGAGUGUACGGCACGUAUCCGCGCACGCACGUGCGCGUCACCCACAGCCGCGGCGAGUUCCUGCUGCAGGCGGCGCCGCGCGUCGGCCAGUCGGAGUACCUGGUGGAGAGGCGCGUACUGCGACGGCCCAAUAGCGGUGACAGCAGCAGCCCAGCCCGGGAAGCCGCGGAGCGCGGCCGUCCCAAGAAGAGGAAGGGCCUAGGCUGA